UGAAUUGAUAAUCUGUACACUUCAACUGAGCGGUGGCCGGUAAGCACGAGUCGUACGAAAAGUCGAAAAACCGUCAUCCAGCUUUGAAACUUGAAACUUCAUUUUAUACAUCAUCUAAAUUAAGUGUCGACUGAUAUCUGUGGAACCUUUAUUUUGAUUUGUUAGCUGAUUGAAAAUAUAAGUCAAAUGGAAGCAAACAACGACAUUGAAACAUAUCCAGGAUUUUGCUCAAAAUGUGGUUCAAUACUGCCGUCAUUGAGUAUGGAAGAAUUUAUUAAGUGUUAUUCAUGUAAAACAGUUUUUGGGCCAGAAAUUUAUGGAAAUUCUGUUGCUGAAUACAAUAUUAUUUUGAACUCUGUAGAAGAUAUGGAUAAUGUAGUAAAAACUGAACACAACAAAAAUGAUGCAGAUGAUGGUCCGAUUGCCGAGAGAAGAUGUAGUCAAUGUGGUCACAAUCAAAUGUCCUAUGCUGCUAUGCAAUUAAGAUCAGCUGAUGAAGGACAAACUGUAUUUUACACUUGUCUAAAAUGCAAAUUCACAGAAUCAGAAAACUCUUAAUACAAUUCCAAAAGUCUGGAAUCCAUUUUUGUACAUAACAAUCAAGUUGAAUAAAGUUCUUCUUAUUUUUAAACA